AUGGAUAACUCCGAAGACAUUGUCGAUCCUAGUGUCGUUGCUGAAUUACUAAAGGGGUGUAGAGUAACAUCUGUUGAAAGCCAUGGCAUCAGUUUCUGGGCUAACACAAACCGUCUCGACGUCGAGUUAGCCGACGGAACACCUUUAUCGUUCUUCAUCAAGGUGUUAUCUGGCGAAACUGGCAAGAACAUGGUUCAUGGUGAGUAUGAGUCCAUGAAGGCCAUCUACACCGUCUCCCCAGAAUUCGCUCCAAAGCCAAUUGCAUGGGGCUCGUUCAUAAACACGCCGGAUACGCACUUCUUCCUUUGCGAGUACCGCGAGAUGACGAACGAAAUGCCUGACCCGCAUAAGUUCGCCGCACGGCUAGCAGCGCUACAUCAGGGUAGCGUCUCCCCAACCGGCAGAUUUGGCUUUCAUGUUACGACAUACAGUGGCAAUCUUCCCCAGACCAACGAGUGGGAGGACAGCUGGGAGGUAUUCUUUACGAAGAAUAUGAGAUUGGCGCUCGAUUGCGAAAUUGCGGCUAAGGGAUAUGAUGCUGAAUUCGAUGAACUUGUUCCGGCCCUAUUCGACAAGGUCAUUCCUCGUCUGCUGAGGCCUCUUGAAUCUGAAGGAAGAUUUGUGAAGCCUUCCCUUGUUCAUGGUGAUCUGUGGUAUGCAAACUCUGGUAUCGACCUGGAAACCAACGAGCCCUUGAUUUUCGAUGCAUGCUGCUUUUAUGCCCACAACGAAUACGAAUUCGGUCAAUGGCGACCUGUCUGCAAUCGCUUCGGGCCCGAAUAUCUGGCCGCGUAUCACUCAUAUGUUCAAAUCUCGGCACCGGAGGAGGAUUAUGAUGGUCGUCUUGACCUAUACAAAUUGUGA